UAAAGUUUGUAAACCAUUUAUCUUUGCCACUUUGAACAGAAUUAACAUCUCAUGUAUAGAAUGUCUGCUUCUUCAGCAUCAUUUUGAUCACUGCAUGUAUACUGUUCUAGCAGAUUGACAGGCUUACUUUGUCUGCACACUUUUGCAAAAUGUAUUUUUUUUUUCAAAGAAUUUGCAUAUAACCUCAUAUGGUGGGCAUUUGGCUCUUGCGUGUGUUGAUCCACAGUACCUGCACACUUCUUUAGUAUUUUUCUCCUUAGACCACUGUCCGAUGAAUCAUGUUUCCAUUUUCUGUCGACAUGGUCUCUGUAUUUGUUCUGAGUGGCAUAAGUGACUGAUUCUGCCUGUUCAGGGACAGUGUUCAUAUUUUUAAAUUGGAUCUGCGUCUGUUCGUUUGCUCUGCAUAUAUCCAUGCCUUUUUAUUCAGCGUUGUGGUUCGCGCAGCAUACUUUACUCCGUUAUCUUUACAGCCAAUCACAAGUCUGUCUCUGAUCGUUUCGUCUCUCAUUGACCCGAAAUCACAAGAAUCCGAAAAUUGACGCAACCUCACAAUAUAUUGACCAGACGUCUCUUCUUGAGUUUGUUCACGUGUUAAAAAUGAAUCUUUCAUUAAUCACAUUACGAGUGGGUUAAAAAUGUAUUUGUAAAACGUCAAGGAUUUUCUUAUAAUUGUUUAUAUCCUCUUCCCCCAGAUCUAGGUGACGCUGAAGCAUAUGGCACUCUCUUCCAAUAACACUGAGCAGUGUUGCCACUCUCACAUGCGGGUCUUUAAAAAAAAUCUAAACCUGUAGCGUUUUAAUAAUUCUCCCACUGAUCACGGAAAAACAACUAGUUUUGGUACAAAUCGCCGUUCAUGUCCAUGGCGCUAGCCACCGGAAUUUUUACUGAGAGACAUUGCAGGCUCUUCGUACUCGUUCAUUUGUUCCACUUAUUUGUGUUUAUCCGACAGCGAUUACAUUGUCCACAUACUUUAUCCUAUUUUCCGUGGCGCUUGACUUUGGGUUAUUUUCGCUGACACCAUGUUUUAAUGUGAAUAACUCACGUCGGAGAGUUUGGUAAAGUUCAAGCAUAAUCCUUUACUCAGGUGUUACAGGUCACAACAUCCCAAUCAGACACUCGUAAUAUACCUGUUAAUAUAUCAUAGCCCCACUGGCGACAUCCCUGGGUUGGCGUUAUAGCCAUUAUCUUAACAUUAUGUGCUUGUCGUUGGAACCUUUAACCGCAAGAAGGAAGAAUUACGCAUCCACUUCUACCUCGAUUCUCUUUGUUACUAAAUAGCCUUAUAGGCUUCCGCACUCAUUCCACAAAUCGAAACUGCAAUGAGAAAUAUGACAGAUCGAAUCCUAAUGCUGAUCUACAUUGUGAACACAUUUAGCGUGUUCCCAUAGGUAAGUAACGGUUUCAGCUCAAUGGUAUAGCUUCACUUGAGUUCUCAUUAUCAGGAAAUAAAUAGUCUUAGUUCACACGUCCAUUGCGACAGCUCACUAAAUGCCUGCAUCUUAUGACCACUCAUCACGUCUGUCUUUGGACCAUAUUACAGUUUGCUUCAUUGCUGAGCCACAGGUGUUCUCAUUACUGAUGAAUUUACAUCUACCCAAACUUAUUCUUGAGGAUGGCAACGAAGAGUUGGGCGUCCGGCACACGUGUUGCCAAGAGUGACCACAGCAAACCUAAAGCUGGUGAACUGGCCUACCGCAAAGGAGACAUCCUCACUAUUGUGGAAACGGGGACGGGGAAACGACAUUACAAGGCCAGACACAACACCACAGGAGAGGAAGGACUCGUCUCUGCCACCAACGUGCGAGAACGAGAGGCCAUUUGCGUCGACCCUAGUCUCAGUCUCAUGCCCUGGUUCCAUGGGAAGAUCUCAGGUCCUGAGGCGGUGUCCAAGCUGCUGCCUGUGGAGGAUGGCCUGUUCCUGGUGCGGGAGUCCAUCCGCCACCAUGGUGAUUACGUGCUCUGUGUCAGCUACUCCAGCCAGGUCAUCCACUACCGAGUCAUCUACCAGGACAGCAAACUGACCAUCGACAACACCCAGUACUUCUACAACCUCUUAGAAAUGAUCGAGUUCUACUCCAAGCACAAGGGAGCUAUUGUUACCAAACUUCUAAAGCCCAAAGAGAAGGAGGGCACAAAGUCAGCUGAGUUGGAGCUGUCUAAAACGGGAUGGCUGCUGGAUAUCAGGGAGCUGACCUUGGGAGGGAGCAUCGGGGAGGGGGAGUUUGGAGCGGUGUAUGAAGGAGACUACAUGGGCCAGAAGGUGGCAGUAAAGAACAUUAAAUGUGAUGUAACAGCACAGGCAUUCUUAGAAGAGACCACUGUUAUGACGAAACUGCAGCAUAAGAAUCUGGUGCGGUUGUUGGGGGUGAUCCUACACAAUGGACUGCACAUCGUCACAGAGCUCAUGGCCAAGGGUAAUCUGGUGAACUUCCUCCGGACAAGGGGCCGUUAUGUCAUCAACACUGACCAGCUACUGCGCUUUGCACUAGAUGUAUGUGAGGGUAUGGAGUACCUGGAGUCUAAGAGGUUGGUCCACAGAGACCUAGCGGCCCGUAACAUCCUGGUCUCCAACGAGGGCGUGGCCAAGGUCAGUGACUUUGGAUUGACCAAGUUGGACUGCAAGGCCUCAGACAAUGCUAAACUACCAGUCAAAUGGACAGCCCCUGAAGCCCUGAAGAAAGAGAAAUUCUCCACGCGGUCAGACGUAUGGAGCUACGGAGUUCUCCUCUGGGAGACGUUCUCUUAUGGUCGACAACCCUACCCCAAGAUGUCUCUGAAGGAGGUGAAGGAGCUUGUGGAGCAGGGUUACCGUAUGGAGGCUCCAGAGGAGUGUCCCCCCAGUGUCUACGCCCUGAUGAGGUGCUGCUGGGAGGCUGAACCCAGGAAGAGGCCCUCUUUCCAGAAACUACAGGAGAAGCUGGAGAGAGAGCUGACCAAACAAUAGCCCUGGCUGCUGAAGUCAAUUUAAUAAUCCUAUUCAAAUAACUACUGGGCUCUUGUUUUGAGCUGCCUGGAGCAGGGACAGUAACCCGGGACAGGUGGACCCAAGUGGUUACCGCUCGCUUCACAGCUUUCCCGGGAAACUCUCUGUAUUCUAGCAUCACACGGACAAAAGUGUAGCGGAUGAAGGAGUUUGCUUCUGCUGCUGCUGCGUUCGCGGUAGAACACACCGCGUGGCGGUGGUGCUUUGUGCGUGCACACAUCCUGUAAAUGGCUACAGUGUAAAAUCAUGCAUCUUGAUUUGCUUAAAGAAAAAGCAUAUUGUUUUUAUGGCAAAAUCGUUUAAACGUGUGUUGAGUUUGUGCGAUGAAGGAUGCAGGAUAUUAUACUAAGACAUAACCUGUAACAACAUAUUAUCGAUUUUUAUUGUAUUUUUAUGGAAUGAUCUACUGUAAUGAGGAGUCCUUACACUUAUUUCUGUCUGUGUUAUUAGAGGGAGCAAUUCAACUCGUCAUGUCUCCACACCCCAAUUCUCUUUCCUGAGUAACACAUUAUUUGUGUUACCAAUAUGGGGCCAUUAUUUUUCUUUCAUAAGAGACAGAGAGCGAAAAGGAUAGAGGGAGAGCGAGAUGGAAAGAGGGAAAAUGCUGAUCCGGGAUUAAAUCCCAGAUCAUCCGUAUCUGCUUGUUUCAGACUGUAAUUGUCCAGCAAUAUGCCCUGCGACUCGGGGGCUUAAUAUGUGAAAUCUUGAAUGUUAUUGCUGAUAUUAGUAAGGAAUUACAAAGCCGACAGCAGUUUGUCUGUGUACAAGCUCUGAGGAGCUACAGGGGAUUGGGACGGAAUAUCCUAUUUUAUUUUCAGUUCAUUUGCCAUAAAUGUAGUAGACCUAUACUCCCAUAAAACCAGUGACUCAGCAGGUCUUAGUCGAUCUAUCUGUGUAAAGGGAAUUUCUUUAUUAAACCCAGUUCCUAAAAGCAAAGGGGUGCUCGGUUUGAACAGAAAUUGUUGGAUUUUGGACAAUGGACAUUUGCAAAGAAGAGAAAACAUGCUGCAUCUGGGGUUUACAAAAAAAUAUAUUAAAAAAAUAAUGUAAUGUAAAAAUGUAGAUAAGGGACUUGCCUCUAAAACAACCAAGGUUCCUCUGUCUUCAAGCAGCUAUGAUUUAACUCAACCCAGAUUAGAGAGGGGAGCGAUUUUUAUUGUAUUAUUGUUGUCACGUUACAACCCAAAUUAAAGAUGUCAUUAGUAUUAAGUCUUUGUAAGCCUGGUAUUUGUCUUUCACCCAUGGGAUGGACCCCAGAUUGGGUCCUGAUCUGCUCCCAUCACAUCACCAUAGGGGCCUGUGUGUUGAUUUGCUUUGUUUCCCUAAAACGUCUCAUGGAUGAUUUGAAAUGUUCCAAGAAAUGCUGAAAAAAUAAAUAGGAAUAUUUUUUAAC